CAAACCUCUCUGUCAUCGUCUCUGAUUUAAUCAAAGCAUAUCGAAUUGUAUUCCGAGCUUGCUGGAGGAAGAAAGAGCAUCGAUUUACAUUCAUUCGUUAUCUUUUCUUUCCAGGCAGUUAAGUUGUUUCGCGGUUGUUUAGAGCUUUAUAUUCGAGAAUGGCUGAGGAAGCGCACAAGGUUACGUUGAAUGUCUAUGAUCUAAGCAGAGGCUUAGCACGUCAGCUCUCUGCUUCAUUUCUGGGAAAGGUUAUCGAAGGUGUCUGGCAUACGGGAAUAGUUGUGUAUGGGAAUGAAUACUUUUUCGGAGGAGGAAUCCAGCAUUUGCCUGCUGGAACCACCCCAUAUGGAGCACCGCUGCGAACCGUAGAGCUGGGUGAGACACAUGUUCCUAAAGACGUGUUCGAGAUGUACUUGGAGGAGAUCAGACCACGUUACACUGCUGAAUCCUACAAUCUGCUUGCUCAUAACUGCAACAACUUCAGCAACGAGGUAGCUCAGUUUCUGGUUGGUAAAGGGAUUCCAGACUACAUUCUUCAGCUUCCCAAUGAGGUCAUGAACAGCCCCAUGGGUGGUCUUAUAAUGCCUAUGAUACAAAACCUGGAGACGACUCUAAGAGCCGGCGCUGUUCCUAACGCUCCCCAGUUUAGGCCUCAGACACAACCUCUUGGAGCUUUUAGCAAGGAUGAAGGUCCAAAACUACCCAACAAACCUGAGAAAGCGUCCAAGUCUGAGGAUGUCAAAACCUCAGCUCCAACUGAAAAGGUGUCACCGGUUUCUCAAGCUUCUUCUAGUAAGGAGAAGGUGAAGGAGGAUCCGUUGGGUGAUGCUAGGACCAAGAUUCAGGAAGAGAUCACCCGUGAGUUUGCAGCUCUCAUGGCGGAAGGCACACUGAGAGCAAGUGAAGCAGCCGCCAUGGCGACAAAAAGAGUGAUGCAAAAGUAUGGACAUCUCAAUGUAUCUGCCUAGAGUCUAAUAAAACAAGAUUAAGUCAUUUACUUUGCUAUUGUAUUGAAACUGAGUCAAAUAAUUUUGAACGAUUUUUAUUACUAUUUUUUUCAAACUAUAUUCGUAUAUCGACC